AUGAGUCGUUCGAGAAACAACUCGGAUGCCAUGGAUGUCUACACCAUCACCGACAGAGAAUCUGGAAAUCCCCCUUACAAUUGGAACCCCAAUGGGUCUCCUGGUCUACAGGACACUGCUAGCAAGAAUUCUAGACACGCCUUCGAUGAAGAGAAUGGGCGCACGUACCAUGGUUAUCGCCGCGGAGUGUAUUUUCUGCCCUGCGAUGAACAGGAGCAGGACCGUCUAGAUAUCUUCCACAAACUUUUCACCGUCGCCCGGGUCUCCAACGCCUUGAUCUAUGCGCCGCACCCGGACAAUGGCCGCUUUCUCGACCUGGGCUGCGGGACCGGCAUCUGGUCCAUCGAGGUUGCCCAAAAAUACCCCGACGCCUUCGUGGCGGGGGUCGACCUCGCCCCCAUCCAGCCGCCCAACCGCCCCAACAAUUGCGAAUUCUACGCCCCCUUCGACUUUGAAGCCCCCUGGGCCAUGGGCGAAGAUUCCUGGGACCUGAUCCAUCUGCAGAUGGGCUGCGGCAGCGUCCUGGGAUGGCCGAACCUGUAUCAGAAAAUCUUCGCCCAUCUGCGCCCGGGGGCCUGGUUCGAGCAGGUCGAGAUCGACUUCGAGCCGCGCUGCGACGACCGCUCGCUGGACGGACUGGCGCUGCGACACUGGUACGACAACCUGAAGGAGGCAACCGAGGCCCGCAUGCGCCCUAUCGCCCACAGCUCUCGCCAAACCAUGCGCGACCUGCAAGACGCGGGGUUCGUCGACAUCGACCACCAGAUGGUCGGUCUGCCCUUGAACCCCUGGCUCCAAGACGCACACGAGGAGAAAGUCGCCCGCUGGUACAACCUGGCCAUUUCCGAGAGCAUUGAGUCCCUCAGCCUGGCGCCCUUCCACCGCACUUUCGGCUGGGACGUCAAACGCAUCCGUCGCCUCGCCGCCGAGGUCAAAUCAGAGGCCUUCAACAAGGAGAUCCACGCAUACAAUAUCCUUCAUAUCUACCAGGCCCGGAAGCCCAAGGCCGUCAAUUGA